AUGACUAAAACUUACAAGCAAUCAGCAUACGAACAUAUCUCAAGUUUCAAACCAAAAUUUGUUCAACGUGUUGAUAACAUUUUACAUCACAGCAAAUCCCUAGCUUUCAGCACCAAUGUCACUCCAGAUACUGAUAAAGGAACAUUAACUACAAGUGUUAUCUAUUCUCAAGGAAGUGACAUCUAUGAAAUGCAAUGCUCUCUACCAAUUGCUGGUGACAAUGAUAAAAAACCAAAGCCGGGCUCUGAAUACGGGGAUGCCUUUGCUAAGGUUGAAAAGACUGCCUUAAGUCCAAAAUGGGUUUACUCUGGUGAAACUGUCGCUAAGAUGAGUUAUCUAGACGGUAACGAGACUACUUUAUUGGCCAUGUCAAAGAAUGGUUCUUUAGCAUGGUUCCAAGAUGGUGUCAAAGUCCCAGUUCAUAUUGUUCAAGAAAUGAUGGGUCCAGCUACCAGUUAUGCCGCCAUGCAUUCUCAUGUUAGACCAGAUUCAUUGGCUGUGUCUGAUUUCUCUUUAUCCUUAGAUAAUGAAACAAUUGUUAAAUCUCAAAGUAAUGGUUCUGAAGAAGACAGUAUUUUGAAAAUUGUGGAUAAUGCUGGUAAGCCAAGUGAAAUCUUACGUACAAUUCAUGUUCCAGGUACUACAGUUACACAUACUGUUAGAUUCUUUGACAAUCACAUGUUUGCUUCUUGUUCUGAUGAUAAUGUCUUAAGAUUCUGGGAUACAAGAACCAACGAUAAACCAUUAUGGAUUUUAAGUGACCCUCAAAAUGGUAGAAUGACAUCAUUCGAUGCCUCUACAGUCUCUAGUGAUCUAUUUGUCGCUGGUUUCUCUACUGGUGUUCUUAAAUUAUGGGAUGCCCGUGCUGUUGAAUCUGCCACUCAAGAUUUCACUAACAGACAAAAUGGUGAAGAACCAAUUCAAAAGGAAAUUGCCAACUUCUAUCACUCCGGUGGUGAUUCUGUUGUCGAUGUUCAAUUCUCUCCAACUUCUCCAUCUGAAAUCUUAACUGUUGGUGGUUCUGGUAAUGUUUACCAUUGGGAUAUGGAAUAUGCUUUGUCUAACUAUGAUCCAGAAGAUACAAACAGAGUUCCACAAGAUGCCUCCGAAGAAUUACAAACUGAAUCCUUAAGAUUCGUUCACAGAGGUGGUAGUAGAAGAAACCCACAACAACAUGGUAAGAGAAAUACUGUUGCAUGGCAUCCUGUUAUUGAUGAUUUCGUUGGUACAGUCGAUGAAGAUAGUUUAGUCACCGUGUAUAAACCUUUCACCAUCUCUUCUUAA